AUGGGAAACGAUGGAGGAACCAUCGCCAAAGGUCAGGACUUGAGGGCCGUGUACUCCUCAGAACUGGCGGAUCCGGUUGUUCUAUACGAUAACGAAAAGGAAGCUUUCAACACUUGUGCAUUAUCGUCCCUUGCACUCUUCCAUGAUGGCGUGGCACAGAAGGUUGUGUCAGACUAUAAAGGGAAGCUCUACUUGAAAGAGAAGAUGCUUGAGCAUUUACUUGCGAAGAAAAUGGGACAGAAUAGCAAACUUACACAUGUGACGGGACUUGGGGACUUGAUCGACUUGAACAUCAAAUGGAGUGAUGAUGCAUGUGUAGUUUGUCCUGUUACUGGAGCACUAACAUCUAGCCAUUUGAGUUUGGCCUAUCUCCGACCAUGCGGAUGCGUGUUUGGAUACAAGGUACUCACAGAGGUCCGCAAGCACUUGAAGAUCGGAGAUGGAGUCGAAGAGUCUGUUGUCAGCCUGUGUCCAGUGUGUGGAAAGGAGUUCACAUUCAAUUAUGACGUGGUGAGGUUGAACCCACUGAAGGACGAGGAAGACUUCAACGAGAGGAACUACAAGUACCUUCAACGGAAGGGCAUGAGCCACUCGAAGAAGAUCAAGAAGAAGAAGAAGAAUACCAAGAAGACUACUAAGAAUCUAAAAGAUGUAUUGACUACGGAUGGUGAAAAGGCCACACAGGCAAAAGUGAUCAAGAAGAAGACAUGA